AGGCGCAGCUGAUCUGGUUCAGCAGUUGAGAAUCGUCGGGGUUUGGGGCCACUAGGAAACCUCAAGGUUUCCACUGAAUUAAACAAGGAUACCCGACUUUUUCUGAUUUCACAGCGCCGACAGGAUAUACCAGCAUGGUGGUGGUAGCAGCAACAGGGACUGGGGCAGCCCAUAAAGUGCUCCUGAUAUCCGGGAAGCAGACCGGCUCAUCCAGCGGCUCACAGGCAGGCUUCAGCCGGCCGAUCUCUGUGGUGUUACCGUCUGCGCUGAGCCAGGCGUCCUCGGACUCAGACUCCAACUCUUCUGCGGGGCCCCCCAUACGAAAGAGACAGAGACUCACACACCUGAGUCCGGAAGAGAAAGCACUUCGCAGGAAACUGAAGAACAGAGUCGCAGCCCAGACAGCCAGAGACAGAAAAAAGGCCAAGAUGGGGGAGCUGGAACAGCAAGUCCUGGAGAUGGAGCUGGAGAAUCAGAAACUUCACAUUGAAAACAGGCUGCUUCGGGAAAAGACGAGUGGCUUAAUGACAGAAAACGAGGAACUGAGACAGAGACUGGGGUUGGACACCCUCGACACAAAGGAGAAGGUUCAGGGUCUGUUGUCCACCGGGAACGAAACAGGUUUGGGGAUCGGGUCUUCUGAGUGCAGCACUCAGGCUACGUGUGCCUCCGCAGCAGGUGCAGGCCCAGCAGUCCCUAAAUCUGAAGACUUCUCAAUGGAUACAGACAGUACUGACUCUACAGACAAUGAGUCUGAUUUGCUGCUGGGCAUUCUGGACAUCCUUGACCCAGAGCUGUUCCUCAAGUCUUGUGAGCAGGAGUGCCAGGAGCCGCAGGUGCUGCUGGUCGGAGGGGGGAACCCAGUACCUCCCACCACACCUGCGUCUCUGGGGACCCCACCAGUUAAGCUGGAGGCCCUUAAUGAACUGAUCCACUUUGACCACAUCUACACCAAGCCCGUGGAGGAGGUGAGCGGUGGGCUGUGCAGCGACUCAGAGAGCGAGACAGACGAGAAGAUCGAAGAGGAAGACUUGACCAUGUCCGAGGAGGUGGUGGUGGUGGUGGAGGAGGAGGAGACGGAGACGGAGACGGUGUGCGUCAAAGAUGAGCCAGAGGAAGUGGUCAUCCCCAGCUAUGACUCUCACAGCGAGGUGGUUGACUUUCUCUCUGCAGAGUCCUCCCCCGCCCUCAGUGGCCUGGACAAGGAAGCCUGCCUGGCGGAUACCUACAGCGACUCCGGAUACGAAGGGUCCCCUUCCCCUUUCAGUGACAUGUCCUCUCCUCUGUGCUCUGAGAGCUCCUGGGAGGACAUGUUCGCUAAUGAACUCUUCCCCCAGCUUAUCAGUGUCUGAAUCCAUCCCCUCAACCCAAUAACUUAUAUUCUAUAUACCCAUAAGAGCUAUUGUGUAGUGUUCAAUAACUACAGAUGCUUAAUAGUAACUCAGAACACCUCCAAACCCGCUCGUAUCAUGUAUAAAGCUAAAAUUUAGCAAAUAAUCUCCUUUAUAUUACAGCAGGUCUGUACCACUGGCGAUGCUGCAUUGACUUGUGGGAGAUGGAGUUCACGACAGCUUCUAUUGGCAUCAGGAUUUAAGAUUGAUUCCAAAUCUUUCACUCUCUAUUCAAAAUAAUUGUGGGUGGAAUCCAGUAUUUCUGUAAAUUAAAGAGGGGGACGGGGACGAUCAUUUAAAUACAUUUUUAUUUAUUUGUUAUUCUGCUUCGGAGUCGUUGUAUGACGUCAUGUACAAAAGCUUUCUUCUAAUUUGUUCUCGCUCUCUAUGUAGUCUAAUUACUGCAUUAAAAAACUUUUUGCAUCGCA